UCGGUGUGUGUGCUCUUCGUUGACCUGAAUUGGGACGACUUGUAUUGGAAUCAAAAGCGGACCGAAUGUGUGGCCAAAGUUGAACACUUGCGCCGAUUACUGGGCACUAGGAAUACGAGAAUCACUUUGGUUUUGAUCCAAUCGUCCACAUCUUUACCAUCUGAUGACUCUUUGGUGACGGAGAGGGCGGCCCUUCUCUGCAGUUCCUGUGAUUUGAACGCAAAAUCACUGUUUGUUUUGCCAGUCAGUGAUGUCUCGCAACUCAUGGGAUAUAUAUUGAGAAUGGAAACGGCUUUAUAUGAGUUGUCGAAAGCCUAUUAUCAACACGAAUGCAAACUAAUCAAAGGACAUAGGGAUCAGCUCAACCACACCACUCAUCAGCUCCUAUAUGUCAGACAUCAGUUCAAAAUAGGAUUUUUUAGUGAACUAAAACAGGACCCAAACACUGCCCUCAAACACUACAAGAACUCGUACACGAAUCUAAUGGAAGUUCGCGUAACGUUAAUCAACUUAUAUGAGAUCAAAACGAUCGGCGCUUUCAUUAAUUACAAGAUUUGCAAAUUGUGUUUCCAAUUGAAUACACCGUUGGACGCCAUCUCUCAGUUCCGUAAACACAUUGACAUUUUCAAAGGCAAAUGUGAGCCCAAAGAGAUCGAGUUCGAGCACUCGGCCUGGCUUUCCAAACAGUACGCGCUUUUCGCCGGCCUGUUUGACGCGGCCAUCACUGCCGGUCUCAUACCAUCGCAAAUGCAGAAUCCGGGCUAUUAUUACUUAGAGGCCGCCCUUCAAGCCAUGCAACGCCGCAAACUCUGUCUCUCU